AUGAGCAUGACAGCUCACUGCCGGCCAUCCCUCUUACUAACCCCCUUUACAAAGGGGGAGGAUGGAGGAGAAAGGGGGGGGCGGGGGGGGCUGGUGCUGCAGAUCCCCUCCCCCCCACUGCUGCACCCGCAGCAGGUAGGAGAAGGGGGGAGGGGGGGGGGGCUGGUGCUGCAGAUCCCCUCCCCCCCCUUUGCUGCACCCGCAACAGGGGGGAGAUCCCCUCCCCCCCCACUGCUGCACCCGCAGCAGGGGGGGGGUAGGAGAAGGGGCGGUGCAGGAGCCGCUCGGGCGACAGCAGCAUCCGCAGCAGGGGGAUGGCAGAUCGCCUCCCCCCCACUGCUGCACUCGCAGCAGGGGGAGGGCACCGGGGACGCGGUUAGGGGCGGCAGGUCGCGAGGGGCCAUGGCUAGGGGCGACGGGGCCAUGGCUAGGGACGGGGCCGGGCGCUGGGCAGGUACGGGGCCGGGUGCUGGGCUAGGGACGGGGCCGGGCGUUGGGCAGGUACGGGGCCGGGCGCUGGGCAGGUACGGGGCCGGGCGCUGGGCAGGUACGGGGCCGGGCACUGGGCAGGAACGGGGCCGGGCGCUGGGCAGGUACGGGGCCGGGCGCUGGGCAGGUACGGGGCCGGGCUCUGGGCAGGUACGGGGCCCGGCGUUGGGCAGGUACGGGGCCGGGCGCUGGGCAGGUACAAGGCCGGGCGCUGGGAAGGUACGGGGCCGGGCACUGGGCAGGAACGGGGCCGGGCGCUGGGCAGGUACGGGGCCGGGCGCUGGGCAGGUACGGGGCCGGGCGCUGGGCAGGUACGGGGCCGGACGCUGGGCAGGUACGGGGCCGGGCUCUGGGCAGGUACGGGGCCGGGCGCUGGGCAGGUACGGGGCCGGGCGCUGGGCAGGUACGGGGCCGGGCGCUGAGCAGGUACGGGGCUGGGCGCUGGGCAGGUACGGGGCCGGGCGCUGGGCAGGUACGGGGCCGGGCGCUGGGCAGGGACGGGGCCGGGCGAUGGGCAGGUACAGGGCCGGGCGCUGGCCAGGUACGGGGCCGGGCGCUGGGCAGGUACGGGGCCGGGCUUUGGGCAGGUACGGGGCCGGGCGCUGGGCAGGUACAGGGCCGGGUGCGAGGCUAGGUACGGGGUCGAGCGCUGGGCAAGGGACGGGGCCGGGCGACGGGCUAGGUACAGGCCGGUCGUGGGCUAAGUACGGGCCGGGCGCGGGCUAG